GGAUUUCUUUGUGGUACUUCCACUGUAAUUAAUUCGCUUGCAACAUAUAAAAGGUGAACGUUUCUUGAACAAUAGAUACAUUAGGUCAAUGGAUCGCUGGAUGAGCUGUGUGAUUCUUCUGUCGAAGUCAAAACUUGAUAACUCAAACUAAUAUCUGUUUAUCUAUUUGGGAAGCGCCUUUCUGAAUCCGCCGUUUUUCCUCUGUUGUCUACUUUUUGAACUAAGUAUCGUAAACCAAAGCUUUCAAAAGAGUCGAACACUUCUGUCACGGAAAUGAUUCAUGGAAUACCCAGAGGAGUCAUUCUAAACUCUGCACAUUUGGCUGUCUUCCUCUCGCUUUGAAUUCGUCUUAAUUCAGAGGCCGUGUAGUCGGAAGCGGCAGCAUCAAUGACCUCUUCGCCCCCGGGAACCCCGGAAAAGCUUCCCGUCAAUCUGCGGCACAAGCGUUCGGACGCACAUCUUCACCAUUGGAGGCCGACAAAAAUCAAGGUAGAUAACGUCCAUGAUAUCCUAUCUCAGUACGACACCCUGCUCGUAGAUUGUGAUGGUGUCCUUUGGUCCAAAAAUCAGUUAUCACGACUGCCCAAAAUAAAGGAGGCUUUACAGAAGUUACGCGAUGCAAACAAACGUCUGAUUUUCGUCUCGAACAACAGUUUGUAUUCAAGGCACGAUUACAAGGAGAAAAUUGCCCAAAAAGUAGGUUAUGACGUCAAGCUUUCUGAUAUGUUUGCAAUCGACUAUGCAAUCGCUGUGUACCUUACGAAAAUUGCUGAGAUUUCGGGAACGGUUUACGUAAUCGGGUGGCCAGGGCUUGCGGACGAGCUAAAACUUAUGGGCUUAGAUCCCAUCGGAAUCGGAUCUGAUCCGGAUCCGGUCCCCUUGAAAGCCAAUGACCUGUUGUCGUUCCAUCUCCAUCAAGAUGUCAAAGCGGUUGUCGUCGGAUUCGAUUCUUAUUUCUGUUAUAACAAACUUUUCAAAGCUGCAUGCUACCUGAAGAACCCCGAGUGUGAGUUUGUGGCCAGUAGUGUGGAGACUAGCUUAGCUAUCAAUAAAAACCUGGUUGCGCCCCUGGAAGGUACGUUCGUUGCCGCACUUACCGCUGCAACCAAGAGGAAACCAGUAGUCGUCGGAAAGCCCAACAAGUUUCUGUUUGACUGCGUGAAAUCUAUGAAUCCGACCGUGACACAGGGACGGACGUUGAUGAUUGGUGACACCUUGGAAACUGAUGUAGUCUUCGCAAAGAACACAGGGAUCGACUCUCUUUUAGUUCUCACGGGGUCGUGUUCAGGCCUUGACCUUGAGCGCCUCGUUCUCAAGGACGAUGCGAGAUUAAAGGCUUCGAUUCUGCCAGAUUAUGUCAUGCACUCAGUUGCGGAAUUCGAUGCAGUUUUGUGAAGCCGGUCGGUAUAUCUGUUAUCUUUUUAUCUAGUUGCAGUGAAGAUGUGAUCGAGCGACCCAGGGCAUGUCUACGUAUUCCACUCGUCAUUUUUUUUUAUCUAAAACAAAUAUAUUUUACAUUGACUUUGCAACGGACACCAAAUUUUCUAUGACUUUCGAUUUUUUUAACUGUAGGCCGAAGACGACUAUUCAUCUGGCAGACAUUCAGAAAGAUCUACUCUAAACAGAAAUGUAUAGUAAGCUCAAUACUCAAAGCAUGACCCUCUAUUUACAGCAUGCUUUGAGCAGCAAUGAGAUUGCGCGGCAUUAUUUUGAGUUUGUCAACAAACUUGACAAAGCGUUUGGAGACUCGGCGGUAUAGUAUACGUGACGGCUAUAAAGGAGGCUUCAUUCCUUCGAGAUCCAACAUUUGCUUGACCUACAUGGCGUAAACGUCUUGAGGCGUCUCACUCGACCUGCUUUCAUAACGAGUUUCACAGACCAAACACGUUCGGAGUUAGCCGCCGAUGAUUGCAGUGCAUUGCCGCAUGCACGCAGGCAGUGACCUAUGAAUAAUGAAUAAUGAAUAAUGAGAAAAGCCUCUCGUAUCAAUCAUGAUGAUAUAGUAUUCUAUGGCUUUUCAUCAGCUGGAGGUUUGAGAUGACAUGAGGCCGUUAAAUUAUUUUGAUAAUCAAUAUGCAAUGUAUAAUGAUUCCUCUACUCUUGUGUCUGUACAUUAUGACUGCACCUGUCAUCCGAUCGUAUAGCGGUAGAUAUCAUCUGGGGAGCUACGCACACGGCAUUUAAGGACCAAAACCGAUUACAGGAAGCAUGGCGUUCUUUUCUGUGGUACAAAUCACACAAGGGCAAGGUUUGAAUCAUAUAUCAUUGAUUAGGACUCGUCAUCAGUCGAUCUGAACGGCCUUUGGCAUUUGGGAGUUACUAAAAUGCAGUCCGUUCAACGUCGCAAAAACCAAAUGAGAGCCAGGGCCAGAAGGGAGAGUCUCUCUCUCCCGAUGAUGAUACUCGCAUGCUACGCAAUCGUCGUAGUGUUUGUCAUUGUUUUGCUGCUUCAACUCCACGUGACUGGCGACAGGAUGCGUCUUGGGAAACCACCCCUCAUCCUCCAGAUACUCUGCCAGAACUACCCAAAGAAGCCUCCAGAGAUAUACCGCAACAGCUCAGAAUGGCAAUACGCUGGCUACAUCAGGAGGAACGAUACAGUUCUGUUCUCGGCAUUUCUGGAUGAACGAAUGAUUGAUGGAAGCAAGGGAGUGGUGCGAGUAUUCGGAUUCGCUGACUCUGUUGCGGAAAAUGCCCCCUUUCACUGCCAGUUGUGGUAUAAGGGAGAAGCCAUUCCAGUCAUUCGUCGUGCCCAGUUGAGUCAGAUAGGUGGUGGCCAUAGAAUUGGCGACUCAUAUUUUAUUGAAUACUUAUUUUCUUGUUCUGGGGUAUAUCACAAAGAAUCAGGUCCGAGUCACGUGUCUAUAGUACCGAACGACUGCGGCGAAGCAGGAAAUUUACUACUGGUUCAUACUCCUACUACGCCGAAGGUAAGGCAUUUCGGCCUCUGUGUGCCCCCAAGUCCAUCACCAAAUCCCACCACUUUGGACCUCAUUGAGUGGCUGGAGAGCAACAGACGUUUCGGGGUUUCUCGAGUUCAUUACUACUACAUGGAUGUAACAGAAGAUAUCAGGAAGGUGCUCAAUUAUUAUGAAAAUGGCGGAUUUGUUAGAAGAGUUAAGAUGGCGUCACCACUCUCUAUAAACAAUGAUGUCGUCACGCGCCUGGCAGCCAUCAUUGCCAUGAAUGAUUGCAUGUACAGAAAUAUGGAGUCAUUUAGAUAUUUGAUGGUGCUCUUCCCGGAUGAAAUCGUCGUCCCAAAACGGCACCAAACAUACCACAAACUACUUGAAGCAGUCAGUGAUGUAGCUGGUUACGGAUCGAAACAACCUGUAAAAUCUUUCACCUUCAGGAGUGCAACAUUCUGGACAAAUCUCUCUUGGCCAAAAACGGAGGGACUGCGAUUAUUUCAUAACCUAUUUCGAUCAGCCCCUAGUCCUUUUUUAUACCAGUCAAGAUCUUUCGUUUCACCAAAAUUUUGCAUUUCUGUAUUUGAAAAUUAUUGCUGGAUGAAAAUGCCCCUUGGGGCCGAAAAAUGGACAGUGGACGUUAAUGAAGCAAUGGCACUUAAGCACCACUAUAUGCCUUGCGUAAAUUGCAAAAUGACUGGGGGAGCUCUAUACAGAGAUUUAUCAGUACUUCGAUUCAGAAAGUAUCUCAAGUUUACAAUACUUGAUGCAAUGCAUAAGAUACUUCAGCAUUCAGCAAACCGAACAAAACGAGUCACUGCAGAAAUUAGCUGAUGUCUCUUUACUUUAAUCAUUAAAAAUCAGAAAUAAAGUUAUUGUAUAUACAUGUAUGUUAUAAAAUUAUACCAAUACCGAGACCGUCUAUCACUACAAACUGUGCGGAUGGAGCCAUGCGGCCAUGUUGAGCUUCUUGGGAGUCGACACUCCUGCAGUCAAUCCAGUCGUUCCUCCAUGGAAGGUCUCAUUCCGAAAGGCCAGUGCA